GUGCCUUAGCUCGUCCGUCGUGCUUCUGUCGGCUGCUCAAGUUCAGUAUGACCGUCAUAAAAAUCAGGUGAACUUGGGGAGAGCGGCAUAUAAACAGCCACACCACCGCCAGAAGAGAGAGAGAGAGUCUGGCACGAGAGUCUCACGGUGAAACUACUGAGUUUGUGAUGCUAAAGAGUUGUGAUAAAGACUUUGUGAUGAUUAAGAGGCUGUGACUAGGAGCCUGUGACGCUAAAGAGUUUGUGAAGCUGAAGAAGUUACUGUGCCAGUUGUGACUGUGUUACCCCUAAGUUUGUGAUUAAAAGCUCACCUGAUACUUGAACCUUCCUGUCUCAGUGACCUCCUUCCCUCACACUGUUGCCGAAACCCAGGAAUCGAAUUACGCCCCAUGGAGUCCUCCCAGGUGGCCAAGAUCCUCCAGUCCCUCGCCAGCCUACAUCAGUCCAACCAGCAAUCCCUGCUUGAGCUACGCCAAGACCAGGAACGACGGUUUUUCGAGAUCCUGCGAGCUCAAGCAGAGGACCGGCUCGCGAUCCGGAGCCUCCUCAGCCAGGAGAGAGAGUAAGCGUGACCCCGGACCACCGCAGCCAACUGCCUUCCCCCACACUCCUGAAGAUGGGCGCAGAGGAUGAUGCAGAGGCCUUCCUCGAUUUAUUUGAGAGGACCGUAGAGAUGUGGGGCUGACCAUGUGACCAGUGGGCGGCCAGGCUCCUCCCACUACUGUCCGGGGAAGCCCAGCUUGCGGCCCAACAGUUGCCAGUGGCUAAUCUCCUGGCCUAUGACGACCUAAAAAAGUCUAUCCUGCAGUGGGUGGGUUGUAGCCUGGAACAGUAUCGCCAACUUUUCUGGACCUUGAUGCUGGGGAAGAUCGACCGCCCGUUUGCCUUUUCCCAACGGCUCCGAGACGCUGGCUCCAAAAUGGCUGCUGGCGGAGAAUUAACCAAAUUAAGAAUUAAUUCAAAUUAAAUUAAUUAAAUUAAAAAUUAAUUAUUAAUUAAUUAAUUAAUUAUUAAUUAAAAAUUAAAUUAAUUAAUUAAUUAAUUGAAUUGUGACGUCGGGGGAGUGAUUGACAAGGUGGUACUGGAACAGCUGAUUCAUCGACUGCGCAGGGGACAGCAGAGUGUUUCCAGUGCCACCACCCAGCGUCCAGCUUGCGGAGGACCACUUGGUGGCAUACCCGAGGGCAGAAGAGCCCUCCUCUUUCUCUCCUUCUCUACCCCCUCCCUCUGUGUGUUCCCCCCAUCCCUCUCACUCUGCUCUCUCCCCAGAGCCCAUUCCUGCCCCGCGGACACUGCCCCCUACCUCUACAGUGCCCCGUUGCUCUCCCCCUCAGGUGGAAGUGCCCGCCGACGCAGGUGUGGGUGUGGCGUCUGGGCCGGUCUGCUGGGGUCGUGGGGAUCCAGGGCACUUCGGGGAUCAAUGCCUGGUGAUGGAGCUGGGGUCCGGAUUCCCGACACACCACAGGCUGCCCCCGACCGAGCCGGAGCAUACCAGAUACCGUGAGCUUGGGGAGAGCGGCAUAUAAACAGCCACACCACCGCCAGAAGAGAGAGAGAGAGUCUGGCACAAGAGUCUCACGGUGAAGCUAAAGAGUUGUGAUAAAGACUUUGUGAUGAUUAAGAGGCUGUGACUAGGAGCCUGUGACGCUAAAGAGUUUGUGAAGCUGAAGAAGUUACUGCGCCAGUUGUGACUGUGUUACACCUAAGUUUAAAAGCUCACCUGAGACCUGAAAAUUCCUGUCCCAGUGACCUCCUUCCCUCACAAUGAAUAAAACUGAGAUAAUUAUUAUUGGAACACCAACACUUACAAAAAAACAUUUCUUAUGACUUUGGUUGUGAUAUUGAUGGCACUUUCAUUAAACCAUCCAAUACUGAAAAAAAUGUAGGUAUCAUCUUUGAUCCCUCCCUCACUUUUGAAGCUCAUAUUAAAUCUGUAUUUAAAAUUGUCUUCUUUUACCUUUGCCACAUUGUUGGCCUUCGUCCCUUUAUCAGUCUCAAAGAUGCCGAAACACUGGUUCAUGCAUUUAUAUUCUCACAUCUUGACUAUUGCAGUGCCGUCUUCACUGGUUUACCUGCUAACUCUAUUGCUAAGUUGCAAUAUAUUCACAAUUCUGCUGCUAGAAUUCUUACACAUACUAAGUGCUCAGCUCAUAUUACUCCAUUCCUGUUUGAACUUCACUGGUUACCAGUUUUGUUUCACAUCAAAUAUAAACUAAUCCUGCUUACAUUUAAAUCACUUCAUGGUCUGGCACCUCACUAUCUUAGUGAAUUGCUUCUCCCCUACAACCUGAUCCGCUCGCUUAGGUCCGGACUCCUUUCUGUCCCUAGAUCUUGCCUCUCUACUAUGGGUGGCAGGACAUUCAGCGUAGUAGCACCCAAUAUAUGGAAUUCACUCCCCCUGACUCUUCUCAGCAUCUUUUCUAUAUCUGAGUUUAACUCUCAACUUAAAACUUUUUUGUUUUCUCAGUGUUAUUUAGCUUAAUGUGUUAUGUAUUCACUCUCAAUGACUGUGCUAUUUGAACUGUGUUUUCGUGACUGUUCUUUGUUUGUAUAUUAUUGUGUUACUAUUGUAAAGUGUCCUUGAGCUCUGGAAAGGUGCUAUAUAAAUUAAACAUAUUAUUAUAUAUAAUUAAACACUACUAAAUGAUUAACAACGCUAAUCAUUUAAUAGAUUAAUUUUAAAUAAUAAUUAAAUACUAUGCCAUGCCUAUUAAUUUUUAUUUUUAACCACAACUGGAAGUUGCUGGUCCAGAAUGAAAGAUACUGUAUAUCUGCUUCUAUGAGUGUGCAGCUGUCAGGUUCUCCUCUCCUCACCUGCACAGGUGAAUGUAAAGCAGUUUAAAUAGCAUGGUUGUUGCUUCAGAUAUUUAUCAAGCAUCUCGUAUGCACUGUUCCAUCUGUUUUCUCUGCGAGUAGAAAAUCGCAAUCACUACGAUGAAUUUCAAGCCUUUAUCAUCAGGUGUGCGCAUUGUCCUGACAAGCAAGUGACCGGCAAAAAGCAAAAGCCAAUGAAAUGGAGAGCAUGCAAGAGUAGAGAAAGGCAUCAGCAAAGAUAAAAAAAAGAAAAAAGAAUGAAAUGAAACAUCACCCAUGUCUCACGAACUGCUGCCUCAUAAUUAUUUUCAGCUGUGUUUUCCCCAUUCUGUGCAAAUCAGUGCAGUAAUGGGCGCAAGCUCGUCUUUAAUGCAGGGGCUGGGCAAGAAGGGUGGCACCUUAAAAAUAAGCUUUGCCACCCCACUUGCCACCCCAGCUCGGACCCCGCUCGCAUCCUGGAAACGAUGCGCAAUGGCUUAACCCGUCCGUGUCGCGCAUGGUUCAUAACAAGUUUAGACGCAAUUACUGGAUGCCACCCCUUACUCGACUCUUGCCACCCCUUUGCCACCCCUGGUAAAAAUUAUUUCAUGUUGUUUGUUGGUAUGUUAUCAUGAAUAAACUCUCCUGUUGCUAUAAGCGUGGGUUUGUGAAAGAAUUUUGGGAUCAUAGUUUCAUUCUGGCACAAAUGGUCAUGUGUUUGAUAGUCUGCAAACAGUUGUGUUUGUGCACUUGACUUUAAUGUAUGCGCUUAAUGCCUGUCUUUGUUUCUAUAUAUGUCUCUGGCGCUCGCCACUGCACUGCCGUGGUAUAAACUGAACACCGAAUCGAUUCUGAUUCCUUUGAGAAUCGAUUCAGAAAGAAUCACGAUGCAUUGCUGAAAAGCCAUGGGAGCUAAGAAGACAUCAAAUUCAAAACACUGAAUUUCAAACUAAAUAAAUGGCAAAAAAACAAGUUGGGAGCUCUUCAAGUUUAAGUGCAGUGUUCGAAUUGAGGGGGGUUUGGGGGGUCCCGGACCCCCAUAACAUUUAAGGGACCAAAUAGGCCAAAAUAAUGUAAUCUUUCAUCAAAGAUCAGACUCGUUUAAUCAAAACUAGAAUACUAGAAACAUAAAAAGUGUUUGUGUGACACGACAUUGUGCAUUUUCUGUUCCAGUUUUCAUAAUCCAAAUUAAAUCUUUUAGAUCUGAAAAGUCUAAAUGAGUGCACAACGCAUAGUUUUCUGAAGAAACUUACAGAUGGUGACUGAGUAACACUGGCAGAUUGGAUCCUCAUUUUCACCUCACAGUAAUGGUAAAACACACAUAUUAUUUUUGGUACACCUAAAUUACCAACGUCAAAUCAUCUAUUCUCUUAAAUCUAUUCUCUGGGGUUGGACUCAUUUGAAUACAGUUUAAGUGCUCUAGAUACCAAGAAUGUUGUACUUUGUGGUUAAAUUGUACUUGUUUGACAACACCAGAGUAAAUUAUUUUCACAGUUCCUGCUGCUACAGCAUACAUAUGGGUCACAGUACAAAGCCAACAUUACCAGAUGAAUGUUCAAUGUAUUCGCUACUCACCUGCAUACCAAAAGAACAAACUUUAGUAAUGGUCGAAGUCAGUUCUUAAGUAUAACCAGUACAUACUCUUAAAGUAUGCAAAUUCAGAUGCAGCUCAAGAAUGAUCUGUCAACUCAAAAGAAAAUGAACUCUAUCUUUGACCAUCUGCUGUCAUUAUUCAUGAGGGACCAAAAGAAAGGGGUUACAACCCCAUCUUUCAUGCUGCUAUAGAUUUGCUCCAGAUAUCUGAUUUUACUUCUCUCUCUGUUUCUAGAUGGGAUCGGUUCCACAGGGGAAGUCCACUCCUCUUUUUCUAGACUUAUUUUGCCACAGUCUUAUUAUCCUGUGCACAUCUCUGUCUGUUGUUUUGUCAUCUGUCGCUGUUUGUGAUGGUCACUGGCUGCUAGCCGGCCACCACAUGUUUGGCCUGUGGUAUUUUUGUUCGCUAGAGAAGCAGCAGAGUUCUGAGUCGGGGUACCAUGGCUUUAAAGCUUCCUUUAACUGCACGAGACAUCUGAAAGAAGCAGGAGUGGAAGAUUUAGGCAUGGGGCUGGCAGUUUGUCGUUUGGUGACUACACUGGCUGUGGUCAGUGCCGUAUUUGGACUGGAGUUGCUUGUGAUGUCACAGGCGAGUGAAGGGCGGAACUCUAGUCGAUGCUGGACUCUGGGGGCAUGGCUUGUGCUACUGGCGGGUGUAAUGGCUGUGGGAGGUAUCGCAACCUUUGUACUCUGGUUGGGGACAUUUGCUACACUCUUUGGCUUCACUCUCACAUUCUGGUGCCAGUUCACGGCUACCUUCCUCUUCUUCCUCAAUGGAAUGGCAGCACGACAAAUACGGCAUAUUGCACCAGUGUGGUCUUUUAGUGGAAAUCCUGACAAACUGUAGAUAUCAGUUCUUCACUAACAAUAAACCCUCUGGAUUUUUUAACCUGCAUUAGACAUGUUUCCUCUUGAGCAGCUCUGACCUGUUGAAAAUAAUCUGCAUGCUUCUGGAUACUGAUUUUUAAAGUUUGUCAGAUUUAGGUAUUAAGAAUAACUCUCAUUUCCCAAUUAAUGUUUUGACAAAUCUUUGUUUGGUUGUAUUUUAUUUAUUGUUUAAUCAUAAUAUUUGCAAUAAAUAAUUUUGUUAAAUAA